UGCGCGCGCGUCAGUUGCUACACGAUGCCGGCCUGUGCGCCUGAAUACAGUCGCCUCGCGCGAUCCAACACUGAACUAGUGUUCUCUCCUCGAGUCAAACGCUGCUCGCACCAGCCGCCACCCUUCACAGCACUGCGGCGUUCCUUCUCGUCCACCUUCUCUCUCAUACCCGAAGAACGAGCUAUUUCACCGGAGCGACCACCGCCACUACCCCGCAUCGUACGGAUCAUCACCUGGGGACCCAGAUUAUUCCUGAGACCAAUAUUUGCAUUGCUCGGUUUGAUAUCACACCCAGCAUGGAAACAAAUCCUGGUAGUUCUACCCACAUUAUGGAUUGCCGCGUCGUUAUUCAUAUUCUGGAAGUGUGUUCAGGCUCCGAUUGGGUUACUGAAGAUGAUAGGACGCGCAAUCAGCUCUAACCAAGCUCAUAAGCCUCGAACUGUGCUCAUCAGUGGAGGAAGUACUGUUCAAGCAUUGCAUCUAGCCAGAAACUUUCAUUCUGCCGGUGCCAGAGUUGUUGCCUUUGAAAUAGAGGGACAAUUCUCGUUACUGAAGUAUUCCGCAGCAGUUAACAAAUUCUACACAGUUCCGAGGCCUAAUCCUGCUGAUCCACUCGCGUAUGCACACGCUUUGAAAGAAAUCGCUGAAAGAGAAGGGGUAGUGUUCUAUGUUCCGGUCAGUUCGACAACCCCCGCCUACUACGAUGCUCUUGCGAAACCGCAUUUGGAAGUAAUCGGAUGUCAAUGCUUUAUACCAUGUGCUCGUGAUGUAGUUACCUUAGAUGAUCCUUUAGAACUAAUGCGAGUGUGUCGCGCCGCUGGUCUGCCGACACCACAAUUCUGGGUUGUGGUUUGUGAUGAAGAUGUCCGAGCAUGGUAUGACAGUGGAGCAUCGAAAGAAGGUCGUCACUACAUAGCUAGCGCCGGUGCUCGUGGUGCAAGAGAUCGCUUGCGAUUUGUUAUGCCAGAGGAUAAGUCAGAGUUUAGAUUCCCUCGUGAAAUAAGUCUCGAAAAGCCAUGGGUAAUUUUGAGAGAACCAAAAGGAGAAAGAUUUAUAACGUGUACAACGUUGAAAGAGUCACGAGCUGUUAAUAAUGUAACAUGCCGCGUAGACACAAGCAGGAAAGGAUUAGUGCCACAGAAAGAUGAAGAAGCAGACGCUUGGGUUCAGCGAUUUGUUUCAAAUCUUGCACCGGCAAGAUCGAUGACGGGGCACGUGUCUUUUAGACUUGUUCGUGAAGAAAAUGGAUCUAAUGGACACAGCAAUAGACUGGUAGCUAUUGGAGCACGGGUGACUGUCUCAUUACCAUAUUUGUGCCAAGGGCCGACCCGCUGCGGACACACAGCUACUGUGGGUAAACUCCUGGACACAGUACUAGAUAGACGUGAAGCUCUCUUUGCUUUCUGGGACCCGUUGCCCUAUUGUGCAUAUUAUCAAUCUAGACUGCCAGAACAAAGGAGGUUACCUCCUGAGCCCUGCAAAACCCCACCAAAUGUGCCGCUGUGAAAAUUCGAUUAAUCUGCAGCUUAGGAAUUAUUUAUUAAGACACUCAGUACCUGAAGAGUGCGUGAGUGGGAGAGAUUCUCCUCUGUGAGUGAUAAUCGCGUUUAUUAAUCGCGUUAAUUGUCCCCCUGUUUUGGGAGAAGAGCUUUGUACGGUUCGGUCGGGGACGGUAUGAAUUGAUUGUAACUACUAAGUAGAUAUUAUAUACUCUAAAUGCCUACCAAAUAUAUUGUAGACUUAAUUCUAAUUCUCAGUUAGUAAUAAAA